UGUACAUCAGAUUCCCAAGCAAGCCCGCUUGAGAGCAUAUGCUGAAACAGUCGAGUAUAUUCUGUGCUCGAAGCCCUGGGAUUGCGGAAUUGGCUCGCCUCCUCUAUGAGUGCAUCAGGUCCAGGGAUCUGCUCCAAGGGCGGCGUCUCCAUGCCCAGAUCUUGCGAGAGAACUUCGGUGGCAGCAAAUACCUCGCCAAGAUCAUCCUCCAGCUUUAUGCCAAAUGCGGGGAUCUGGAAGCGGCGUCGGCGGUCUUUGCUUCUAUGGCUGACAGGGACUUCGUUUCAUGCAGUAUUUUGCUCCUCGGGUUUGCGCAGAUUGGAUCCACUGCAGAGGCAAAGGCCGUUUUCGAUUCGAUGCCCACGCUCAAUGUCGUGGUCUGCAACACCAUGGUUGGAGCGUAUACGCAAGCAGGGCAUAUCGAAGAAGCGCAUAUCAUCUUCCAGAGGAUGCCUAUGGUAGAUGUUGUGACGUUCAACUCGAUUCUGGCAGGGGUGGUCAAGGGCGGAGCGGUUGAUGAGGCAUUGACAUUCUUCUCUCAGAGCCCAGAACACGACGUAGUUUCUUGGAACUCUAUCUUACAUGCAUAUGCCCAAGCAGGGCAUCUGGAGGAAGCAACGGCGAUUUUCUGUUUGAUGCCGGAAUGGAGCUGCGUCUCCUGGAACGCGCUCUUGGCAGCAGUGUGCGACUUUGGAAGCAUAGAUCACGCACGGGAAGUGUUCUCUCAGAUGCCGCAGCGCAACUCUGUUGCAUGGAACACCAUGAUUGCUGCAGUGGGGCAGAAAGGAGAGGAUUUGGGCCAAGCAAAGCAUCUUUUUGACACGAUGCCGGGUGAUCGAUCACUGGUAACUUGGGCAGGGUUGAUCGGGGCAUUCUGCUCGAACUCUCGCCUGGAUGAUGCAAAAUCUUCGCUUGAGCUGUCACCUUGUUGGAGCUCCAGCGUAGUAAGUUUAAUAGCAGUAGCGUGCGUGCAGGAUGGACGCCUUCACGAAGCAAGAAGAUGGUUUGAGAUACUGCCGGAGAGAGACACAUUAGCUUGGGUAUCCAUGGCCGCAGGAUAUGCCCGUAAUGGGUACCUUGCUGAGCUUGAAUCUACAGUCAGAAAAAUGCCACAGUGGCAUCCGUCAACUUGGCACUCUCUCUUGCAAGGCUACGUUAACUGUGGAAAUUCAGAGGAGGCAGAAGGAGUGUUCUUCAAAAUGGAGGGAAGGAGUGUUGCCGCCUGGACGUCUAUGUUAUCAGCGUAUGCCCAAAGAGGGCAUAUAGAUCCUGGGAAGCUGCUGUUUGACAAAGCGCCAAUGCACGACAGGGUAAUGUGGAAUACGAUGUUGAAUGGUUUUCUCCAGUACAAUGACUUGGAAGCGUUCAAAGAGGUGUUUUACGGGCAGGCCUUGACCAGAGACAUCACGUCGUGGACUGCACUGUUGCAAGCGUAUUUCCAGGCCGGUCAAGUCCAGGAAUCCCAAACCGUGUUUGAAAGGAUGCCACAGCAAGAUGCCUUCUCAGCGGCCACAAUGCUGGCGGGAUAUGCUCAAAACAGGCACAUUGACGAGACCAAGGCACUUUUUGACCGGCUACCACACCGGAGUAACGUCUGCUGGACAGUCAUGAUAGCUGCGUUAGCAUUGGCCAAUAAGAAAAUUAAUGAGGCCCUGUUGGUCUUCCAGAAGAUGCCCAUGAGAGAUUCUAUGCCGUGGAACGCCAUGGUGACUGCAUAUGCCCAAACCGGGCAUUUGCUGCGAGCAAAGGAAACUUUUGACGGCAUUCCUCAUAAGUGUCUGCUCUCUUGGGCGGCGAUGCUGGGUGGAUAUGCCCAAAACGGUCGUGCUGAAGAGGGCAUCACCUUGUGGCGUCGACUGGGGCAAGAAGGAAUUGCCCCCAACGAGAUCGCCUUCACAAGCGCAUUGGCACUGUGUGGCGGCGCGGGGAUGAUCGAGGAGGCGGCACGGGUAUUCCAAUCCAUGGCGGCGGAUCAUGGCGUGAGGCCAUCGAGGGAGCACUACAGCGCGAUGGUGGACGCUCUUGCGAGGGCUGGGCAUUUGGAGGAGGCCGAGGAGCUCCUGGCUUCAAUGCCAUUUCCAGUGAAUCCAGUGACCACUACUUCGAUUCUAAGCGCUUGUAACUGGCACAGGGAUUGGACAAGGGGGGAGCGAGCGGCUCGUGGGCUGCUAGAGAUCGACUCUACCCACAGCGGCCAUUACAUUUCCCUGGCGAGACUAGUACUUUGACCGGUCUAGACCAAUUAGUCAACGAAUAGUGGAAGAUCCGUAUCUCCAGCGGUUGAAUAUUCGUUUCAUGGAGUCGGAUCUUUGGAUAUGCUUCUGCGAGCUCCACUUUGGUACGUUUGCAUUUUUUUUCACGGUGUCAUAGUGGAGUGAUCGUUUUCACUCCUCUCUUCUCUGAGAAUGGUGUUUGAAGGGCUCCGUGGUGUUCGCCUCGAGCACUCUGUUGCUUCAAGCGAGGACGAGGAAUGGACGAUGGAGCGCCUGAAAUCGCGAGCACAGCCUGUGAGGCGCGUGUGGCUUUGCUGGUUACGUCCUCUUUCGAAACAUAAGCGCGGUCAGUUUUAGAAAUAGCCUUCGUGAUCGAGAACUUGGAUUUCUCCACUAACGCAGAUGAUCACUGCUUUCUCGAGACAAUUGCUAACGUCGUGACUUCGUUACCCUUCAUCUUUGUUGGAUUGCAAGCGCCAAGGUUAGCUAUGAAUUCCAUCCAUUGUAUUGAGAGCAUAACACUUUGCUCGCAGAAAGAAGACUGUGAGCAAGUUCUAUGCCGAUUCCUUGAUCGGUGUUGGAGUUGCCUCGAGCUUGUACCACGCAUCGAGAGGAAAAUCUCGACAACUUCUAAGGCGCGGAGACUACACCAUGAUCGCAACCUCAGCUCUGGUAAACUUUUCCUCAAUCUUUGCUCAUGGCAAGGUUUUUUGGAUCUCUCAGUGUCUAUCAAGAGCUCUUCUACAAUCCGAGAACUGGAAAGGAUUGUUCGUCUGC